UGAUUUCUCCCGAUAGAUGUCUCCGAAGCAUUCUAUCUUAGCCACUCAAUUUGACUGAGACUGCUGACCAUAUACAUCAUUUGCUAUUUAUAAAUACAGAUUCCAAUGGAUAGCUUCACCCUGUGCCAAAGCCUUUCCUAGCUACUUCUUUGAGUUCCAAUUCCACGCUCUCAUUUCCUCAUCUUAACAAAUCUCACAAACACCAUGGGUUUCCGAUUGCCAAGAAUUGUUAAUGCUAAGCUGAGUCUGAAAUGGACUCUUUCAUCUUCGGAGACUACAGUUGUACCCAAAGGCCACUUUGCUGUUUAUGUUGGAGAAGAUGAAAAGAAGAGAUUUGUAGUCCCGAUAUCAUUAUUGAAGCAUCCUUCAUUCCAGAAUUUGUUGAGCGAAGCUGAAGAAGAGUUUGGUUUCAACCAUCCUAUGGGUGCUUUGACAAUCCCUUGCAGCGAAGAAACUUUCAUUGAUCUCACUUGCAGCCUGCAAAGCUCUUGAGAAGAAAUGGCAUGAAAAUAGGCUAACCAAGCAGAGAUUGACUGAUCUUUAGCUCAACUGACACCUCCCCAAUUUUAUCGUUUAGGGAUCAAGCGUGUAAGGUGGAUUGUUAUCUGCAGUCCCAUGCCCUUGUCAAAUGUAUUAAUUUUUGUAACCAAUGUAUAAAUGCCAAAUUUCUUUCAGAGAAACUCUUUCUUUU